GGAAUGGAUUCUAUAGGUAUAAACCGUUGUAAAACUCAACAACAGUUCAACGUUCAUUAAAGAAACCAACACUCAACAACCGUUCAUCGAGGUAGUUGUUACUGCCGAUCAAAUUCAUCUACGGGGAUGGAGAGCCGCGUCCCGAGGAAUUUGGCAAGCUCCUUAAGCAGGAAGUCAAAGCAGGCGUUAGUUCUUUGGGCGGAGGGUUUCAGGGAGGCUUGCUGUGUUCACCGGGUCUUUGUCUAUUGCAUCAGGUCAAGACAGCUUGCCAUUCGAACUGGCCAGUGUUUCUUACUGAAUGGCUUUAUCUUCUUAGGAAGUAUUUUUCUUCUGUAUUCAGUCAUUGUUCCAGCACUACAGUGGAUAUUGCCGGAUCAAUGCCCAGAGAGCACUUCAGAAGGUUCAUUUUCAUGUGGGAUUAUAAUGGAGUUGUAUAGUAUCUUACGCCUAGGACUUGUGCAACUGCUCUAUGUUUUCUGGUUUUUUCCAUUAUACAUUUUGAGCUACAUCCUCAGCAAUAUAUGGUACAAUGACAUUGCAAUGCAUGGUUUUUUUGCACUCGAGGAAUAUGGACCAACUACUUCUAAAUCAUCUGAUCAAAAGGAGUCACAAGUUUCACAAACAACAGUUAGUAAGACUAAAUCAACUGAUUUUGAAGGAGUCAUGAUUGGCAUUGCUGAACAAAUUUAUUCUGUCCUCUUGCUGACUUUCUUCUUCCUAGAGGUUACUGCUAUCGGAUUCAUCCCCUAUAUUGGAAAUACACUAAAGUUUCUGCUUCUUUCUUGGAUGUAUGCAUAUUAUUGUUUCGAGUAUAAAUGGAAUCUAUCUGGACUAAGUUUGGACAAGAGGCUGGACUUCUUUGAAACCAACUGGACAUUGUUUGCUGGUUUUGGAAGCCCAUGUGUCCUGGUGAUAUUCUUGUUCUCCCCUCUUGUUAGCUACGGGGUUAUGGCUUUACUCUUUCCCUUGUUUGUGUUGACUGCAACCGGCUCAGAAGUCGACACAAGUGUAUCCUUACCAAGAACAAAAUGGAGAGGUUCAGGACUUGGAAGGGUUCCAAUAUUUUACGGCGCACAUUACACAUCGAUGCAGAUCUUGUCCUUGUUUCCCACACAUGGCAGGGGUGUGCCAGAAUACAAGGGAAGCUAGGAGUCAGGCAUCACUUGUACAUUAAUACUUCAAGUGGAGCAUGAGGUACUAGAGAGAGAGGGGACGAUUGAGGGCUUUAUGUCAGCAACAACAUCAAGCACCUCCUCAACUGAAAAAGAGACCAUAUUCUAGCCACGGCUUUCGAAAAGUUUGGAUUUUGGUAAACAAUUUGCUGACCUCUCUUUGGAUUAGAAACUGGGGCUGUCUCUGUCUGUCCAAUGCUGAACCAGACUGUACGUACAUAUCUAGGAUGAUGCCGUGGUUGAGCGGAGCUCUUGCAAGUUGCAAAAUCUCAUUGCCUUGGCCGUGUUUGGCUGCAGUGCAUCAUCUGCUAGUAGUUUCAAUUGCAUCUUCUUCUCUCUUUUGCUUUUAAAAGUUCUUUAUUAGGAAGGCUAGUGAAUAUGAGGUUGAAGAAUAAUGGACUGUUGAGCUGCGAAAGGUGAGAAUUCCCUUGGAAUCGUCUGCAUCUUAGAGUGCAGGAGAGUCGAGAGCCAACCCAAUGGGACUAUGGGAGUAUUAUUAGAUUAUCAGUGAUGAAGCGUGAGGUUUAAAUUGUUCAAUCAAUAUUACAAAGCUACCACAACUAAAAAAUACUCCGUACUUCAAGUCUUCAAAAGAAGAGUAUGUUCGUAUAAUCGUAUUCAAACAAAGUAGUGUAACAUUCAUUAAAUUUUAGACAAAUAGAUGAUAUUAAUCUCAAUUAGUACUGGCUUGAUAAUA